AUGGCACUCCUCUUUCGCAAUCUUCGUGCACAUAUCGUAUUUGGCGCAAAUACAGAUGUGGGAAAGACCAUACUCACUACGCUGUUAUGUCGUGCCGCUGCGCAGCGUACACAGGCCGGGGAUAGGGUACACUACCUCAAGCCUGUCAGUACAGGACCGAUAGAAGAGGCAGACGACGAGCACGUAAAGAGAUUCGCCGGCGGUCACGGGAAUAUAUCCACCGCCUGUCUGUACAGAUAUGACGAUCCCGUGAGCCCGCAUCUCGCAGCCCAGCGAUCGCAUACCAUCCCGACCGACGUCCAACUAGCAGAUUCCAUCCGCAGAGAUCUGACAUCUUUCGCCUCCAACCACACGGGCGAAGCAUGGGCGUUCCUCGAAACCGCCGGGUCUCCCCUCUCCCCUUCCCCCAGCUCUUCUCUCCAAGCCACCGCCCUCCGCCCACUGCGCCUCCCGGUGGUACUCGUCGCUGACCCCCACUUGGGAGGGAUAGGCACCACUCUAAGUGCUUAUGAGAGUCUGGUGAUCAGGGGGUGGAGCAUACUCGGCGUCGUUGGUUGGAAAGAGUCUAAAUGGGGGAACCUGGAGUUCCUUCGCCGCUGGUUCGAGCGUGAGACCGCGAGCGGAGGAGAACAAGUUGGUGUGUGGGAGCUUGAGGCCCCUCCUCCUAGGCUCGAGGACAAAUCAGAAGACGCACGUUCGAUGGAAGGGUACUAUUCUUCCCUCUCUUCCUCUGUGCAACCGCUCCUUUCCUCCCUCGACGAACGACAUCAAUCCCGCCUAUCAGAACUGGACUCCAUGGACGCCCGCACGAGGAACAGUGUCUGGUGGCCGUUUACCCAACACGGUCAAGUCAGAGAAAAAGAAGUGAUGACGAUAGACAGCGCCUCAGGGGACUUUUACUCCGUCUACCGCUCCUCCUCCACGUCACCCCAAACACCGACCGACCCCAGCCUUCUGCAACAAGUAUACGACGGCUCUGCCUCCUGGUGGACCCAGUCCCUGGGUCAUGCUCACCCCUCGCUCGCUCUAGCAGCAGCGAACGCAGCAGCAAGAUACGGCCAUGUGAUCUUCCCUUCUUCAACUCAUGCGCCUGCGCUCGAGCUUGCAGAGCGCCUCUUGCGCGGGGAGGGAGAAGGCUGGGCGGACAGAGUCUUCUGGAGUGAUGAUGGGAGCACGGGGGUCGAAGUGGCGCUCAAGAUGGCAACUCGGGCUGUCCAGCUGCGGAUGCUUCAGGCGGCUUCUAGCACUCCAACAACCAUAGACAACAAGUCGAAGGACUUGGGGAAGGAACUAGGCGUCAUCGGCCUCAAGGGGAGCUAUCAUGGAGAUACGAUCGGGGCGAUGGACGCUUCCGAGCCUAGCGACUACUCGCUCGCCGUGCCCUGGUAUCGCGGACGCGGGUUCUGGUUCUCUCCGCCUGCCGUCUCCCUCCAGCGUUCCUCAGCAGUAAUUACCAUCCCAGCUAUCGAUCCCGAGUCCCCGUCCAAACAGGAGAAGGUAGAGCAUUUCGCCAGCCUGCAAGAGAUAUACGACGUCCCAUCCCGUCUCUCUUCCCCUCUUGCAGGACACUACAGAACGGAGAUCGAGCGCACUCUGCGCCGGUGCGUCGAGCAAGGCCAGAAAUUCGGUGCGCUACUGCUCGAGCCCCUACUUAUGGGCGCAGGGGGGAUGAUCUUCGUCGACCCUCUGUUCCAGCGCGUGCUAGCCGAUGUCGUCCGAUCGGGCUCUUCCUACCUGGGCACUUCCCUUCCCCCCACCUCCGCUUCUUCCAACUCCAACUCCAACUCCAGCGCCGACUCCAGUGCCGAGUACCAACCAUGGACAGGCCUCCCAGUAAUUCACGACUCGGUCUUCGUCGGCCUCUCCCGGCUCGGGUGUUCCCCGCGUCAUAUCCUCCAGUCCAACCCCGACAUAGCCGUCUACGGUAAGAUGCUCACCGGCGGUCUAGUACCAAUGAGCGUCACCCUCUCCUCUUCCUCUAUAUUCUCCGCUUUCCUAGGCGACAAAACUCAGGAUGCGUUACUUCACGGGCACAGUUAUACGGCUCAUCCGGUAGGGUGUAGCGUCGCGAACCGCGCGCUGGUACUGAUGGAGGGGGUGAAACGCAGCCCAGAGUGGGGGGGAGCACAGCGUGCUUGGGGAGAGCAGGAGGGGAAGAGGGGCAUAUGGAGUUUAUGGGAAUUGGAUACCCUCAUGAGGAUAUCGGAACUGCCUUGUGUAGAGCGGACGAUGGCGAUGGGCACUGUAUUAGCCAUAACGCUCCAACUUCCCGGUUCAGGGUACGCCACAGUGGGAGGAAAGAGGUUCCUUGAUUUUCUGAGAGAGAGCUGGGUGGAACCAGGGUUUGACGGUGUCCAUUCGCGAGCGUUGGGCAGGACGGUGUAUUUUAUGUCGAGUUUGAAUACGCCUGGGGAUACGUUGAGGUUCAUAGAGAGGGCAUUGGAGAAGACGCUGGGCGCUUGGGGACCAGUGGUAAAUGGUGAAACUAGAGAAGAGGUAGAAUAAUCGUAGAUGCACUCUCUAGAGGUCGGCUUGGUCUCUAGGAAGAU